AUGCAAUCGAGUUCGUCGAAUACAGGAGCUGACAUCCCCCGCCCGCUGGCAUCCCCCGCCCGCUGGCAUCACAUCCGUUCCGCUCAAAACCCAGCUGAUUGUGCCAGCAGAGGCAUCACACCUGAAGAGCUAUUAGUGCACCCACUUUGGUGGCAUGGCCCGGAUGAGACACACAUGAUCUAUUCUACUAACAAUGAUACUUUGCUCAGCAAGGACGAGUCAGAAGUUAUAGUCGCUGAAACUCGUAACACUAAUAAGAUUUUUGUACUCGUUUCACAUCCAUUGUAUACACAUCGUCCAAACGGACACACUAUUUUGUUAACUGAACGUUUCAGUACAAUUUCCCGCCUCUUGGGCACAAUUGCCAUUAUUCUUCGUCGGUUACAGCGCCGACGACAUCUUCGUCAACCGGUCAUCGUUGUGCAGGAACUAGAUGACGCAUUAUACACCAUAAUCCGUUUAGAGCAAGAGGAACAUUUUGCAGAUGAAAUCCGACAUUUGAAGUCUCGUUCAGGUUUGGUAUCCUUCUCUCGAAUAUUGCCUCUAAAUCCAUUUCUAGACGAGAACCAGAUCCUACGAGUCGGAGGACGAAUUCAUAAAGCCGAAUUAGCACAUGAUCCACGAUUUCCGAUUAUCUUGCCAAAGGCAACGCCUUUGGUGAAGCUCUUAUUACAACAAGCUCAUGACAUCACGCGACAUGGAGGAACACAACUCAUGCUGCAUACUCUUCGUCGACGAUUUUGGAUCCUCAGUGCCAGACAGGCGGUCAAGAGUUUCAUCCAUAACUGCGUGAUCUGCCGGCGUCACAGAGGGGAAGUGCUAAAGCAACAAAUGGCUUCCUUACCCGGGCAGAGGGUCAGAGCAGCACGGCCGUUCAUUUCAUCUGGUGUGGAUUAUUGUGGACCUUUCACACUACGUGUGGGAACGAAACGUUCGCGAACGCUCAUCAAGACAUACCUCGCCAUAUUCGUAUGUAUGGUCACCAAGGCUGUACACAUUGAAGUUGUAGAUGACCUGUCGGCACAAGCAUUCCUAGACGCUUUCGUUUCAUCGGCAGACGCGGUCCUUGCCGUGAUUUAUACAGUGACAACGGGACAGCCUUUGUUGGAGCUAACCGACUCUUGA